UUGCUGUGCGCUGGUAUUUAUGCCAGACUGCAGCUCGCUGAAACCCCCUCCGCGCGGUAGAUUAUCGGACCAAACCAUUGCCGCAGUUCAGGUUUUAGCACCUGUCACAUGAGGCUUUACGUUUGCAAAUCACUGGCUAUGGUUACAGCUAAGUAGUGUUUACUUUACUGUACUGCAGACGUAUAUCGGACGCUGCCGUCCUGCAAAUGCUGCCACAGUGCAGCUCUCCGUGAGAUGAGCCGCCAAAUCCCACCGACACCCCUACAGUGCGACUGGCAGCAUCACCCACUGCCUGCAAUGGCGUUGAAGCGGCUCUAGUGUGUCCAGACGUUUCUGUAGUGGCGAUUCUGUCCCGGACGAUUUACGAGCGUGGGAUAGAAUUGUUUUCUUUUGUUUUUUUGAAAGGUUUUGCUACGAGAGCAUCCAUAUUUUCCUCGCGUUUACCCUCUGGAUUGCAGUUUAUUUAUAUCACGCGUCAAACGAAGCCGGAGCCAUGAAUGUGUGAAUGGGCCUUCAGGAACUUUACCAUAAGCUGGGUCAGAUUAGGCAGCGCUGUGGUAGGUCAAACUAGACUCUUCACUCCCAUAUUCUAAUGAGGCCACAGCAAUGCUGACAUCCCCUCUGAAUCCAAAGACAUCAUCAUGCUGAAGACGGAGGCCUCAGGGGAGAGGACCAGCCUCCGGAGUGCCUCCCCCCACCGUAAUGCCUACCGUGCUGAGUUUCAGGCGCUCAAGAAGGCCUUUGACCAGCCUCGGAUCGAUGGAGACUCCAAGCCCAAAGACCUCGAACGGGUGAAACAACCAAGGGGCCGGCAGUAUGGCAGCCAUGUCAGUCGCAUUAAGGACAUGUUCAUGCAGAUGGGCUCAGAAAAUCCCCGAGCCAAGGCCAGUGGUCGUGAUGAUUCCUCGCCGCAAAAGCUGGUCAAGCCCACUAACUUCAUUAACAAGGCCGAUGGAUCAGUGAUAAAACUCCAGCAUUCCUCAUCAACUGACAGGGUUGGAGGUGCUGGAGCAAAGUUCUCUGAAACCAGGAAGCUGUUUGAGCAGCAGUCACGUGACCAGUCCCAAUCACCAGUCUUUCCUUAUGGACGUGAUAAAAGAGGUUCCCAUGAGCACCUCGAUGACUGGCGAGGUGCCAGGUCUAAUCGAGGCAGCACAGACUCCUUGGACUCGCUCUGCUCCAGAACAGAGGCGUCCUCACCGACUGUUAGUCAACUCAGUGCUGUUUUUGAAAAUGUUGACCACCACAACCAAGGUGCGCCCUGCAGAGGAGUCAGCAGACGGGCCCUCUACUCACCAGACGGAUUCCAACGACAUGGAGGUGACGUCAGUGAGGAUGAUUCACGACAAUCUCCAGUUCGUGGAAGCUACCGAAGCAAGAUAGGGGGGAAGCUUCCCACAUCCUCGUCUUCUGAGGACCUUCUGAGCCCCAGUCCUGGGACAGAGACUUCUGACCUGAAACCAGUACCACAAAAGGAAGAAGCCCAAGACAAAGCAGACAAGGCUGAGACUAUGGGCGGAGAUAGACGGCGUCUUUCUGGGGUCACCACCAACGGAAGCCAGGUCAAUGGUUCUUGUGAAGAAGAGGAGAAAUCUUCAGAAACAAGAAAUCAUAUUGAUGAUCUAGGGGUGUCCAAAGCUUCAAAGCCUACAGAUGAUGCUGUUAUUACCGACAAAGCUUAUGAAACUUUUGAAGAGGCAACCCCUGAGCCAUUGCCGACCCCAACAACACCUGCUGAGGGAAGCCAGGAGGAUGGGGAUGAUUUAAGAGAAGAAAAGCCCUCUGAAUCUCCCAAGGACCAGGUGGAAGAACCUGAUGAGGAAUACACUGGGAAUGAGCGGGUGAUUUUUAACGCAGACGGGGACGCCUGUUACCAGGGUUGGGGGGAAAGCUGCACGGAUCCUGAGGAUGACCUCUACGGAGACGAUGAGGAUAUUGUCUACGACCCGGGCUCUGACCUGACAGAGAUUCCUGGUCUACCACAAGAAAACAAAGAGGACAUCCCUCCAAAGAGGAAGAUUCGCUUCAGCACUUCUCCCAUUACGGUGUUCAACACCUACUCCAAUGAGGACUACGACCGUCGUAAUGAAGAGGUGGAUCCUGUGGCAUCCUCCGCAGAGUACGAGCUGGAGAAGAGGGUGGAGAAACUGGAGCUCUUCCCUGUGGAGCUGGAGAAAGAUGAAGACGGCCUGGGGAUCAGUAUCAUCGGGAUGGGUGUUGGCGCUGACGCAGGCCUGGAGAAACUGGGCAUCUUCGUCAAGACCGUCAUCGAGGGCGGAGCUGCCGAGAGAGACGGCAGGAUCAAGGUGAAUGACCAGAUCGUGGAGGUGGAUGGGACCAGCCUGGUGGGCGUCACUCAGAGCUUCGCUGCCUCUGUCCUCAGGAACACAUCAGGAGUGGUCAGGUUUGUGAUUGGUCGAGAGCGUCCUGGCCAGCAGAGUGAGGUGGCCUCGCUUAUCCAGCAGACCCUGGAGCAAGAGAGGAGACAGAGAGAGCUGCUGGAGCAGCAGUACACCCACUAUGACGCUGAUGAUGACGAGCAGACGGGAGAAUACGCCACAGAUGAGGAGGAGGCAGGGACAACGGUGGCAGGCGGGGAGAAGAGCAUCGAGGUGUUUGACUUGCCAGAGACAGAGGAAAUCUUGUCUCCCUCAGAGUUAGACGCCAAUAAACUCUACCAGAAGUUCAGAGAGCUCCAGAUCAAACACACAGUGACCGAGGCCGAGAUCCAGAAGCUGAAAAACAAGCUGACGUCAGUGGAGAGGGAAAAGCAGCGCUGGGAGAAGGAGAAGAGCCAGCUGAAGGCCAGCAUCGAGGAGAACAAGGAGAGGAUGUUGAAGCUGGAGAGCUACUGGAUCGAAGCGCAGACCCUCUGCCACACGGUCAACGAACACUUGAAGGAGGCCCAGGCUCAGUACCAAGCUCUAGAGAAGAAGUACAACAAAGCCAAGAAACUCAUCAAAGACUUUCAGCAGAAAGAGGUGGAGUUUAUCCAGAAGGAGGAUGCGGAGAGGAGGCGGCUGGAGGAGGCUGAGAAAACGCACCUGGCUGAGAUCCAGGGACUGCAAGUCCGGAUUGCAGCAUUAGAGUCUGAGCUAAUGCAGCUGAUGAAGCAGAAUGGCAUCCAGGUCAACAACAACAACAGCAAUAGUUCUGAGAGACUCAGCGCUCAGCAGCACAGCCCUAAAAAGGCUGCAGCCCAAGCCAGAGACCUGAGGGAGAGCUCUCCCCACUCACCCAGCAAAAAGAAGAGCUACAGAGGAGUCGCCCGAGACAGCAUCAGCUCCACAGAGGGAGAGGUCCCAGAGGGGCACGGCAGUCCAGCCCACAGUCGUUCUGGUUCAAUCCGUAGCAUGGCCUCUUGUGAUGGAGGAGCUGCAGUCCUCAGGGCCCCUGGCAGUGCAGAAAGCUCCCCCAGACAAACACUGCACCCGCCGUCCACCGCAAGAGCCCUCCAGGACGGUUCUCAGUCUACUGCGAUGUCGAGCCCCUCUCACAGUCUCGAGGAACACAGACAAGCUCUGGACCCUGGGUCCUCCCCCAGGAAACCUAAAGUGAAGGACAAAGAUCUCAGAGCCUCACCUGGAAACAGCUCCAUCGAGCCGUCAGCAGAGGACAGUCCAGAGCAACUCAAGUCCAAGUUACAUGAGACCUCCCUUACAUGGCCCCACUUCUUCUCCUAUUCAUAUUACUUGGGACCCACUUUGAACGAUGAUCUGAGUGCCAGCAGCAGCAGCUCAGUGGAGAUCAGCGGCAUGCUGAGUGAAGCCAAAAUGUCGGGACGUUCACACACCCUGGUGCUCUCCUCAGACGAGAGUCUGGAUAUGAUAGAUGAUGAGAUCCUAGACGAGGGACAGUUUCCAAAUCAGUAUCAGUGGCAGAACCGCAGCAUCACAGAGUGGACCUCCCAGCAAGUGGCCCACUGGCUCAUGGGCCUCAACUUGGAGCACCAUAUCCCAGAAUUCACUGCCCAAAACAUAGAUGGAGAACAGCUGCUACAGCUGGAGAGUGCUGAGCUCAAGGCCCUUGGAGUUACUUCUUCCCAGGACCGCGCCCUGAUCAAGAAAAAGAUCAAAGACCUUAAAGUUCUGAUGGAGAAGGCCAAGAGGAACCGAGAGAAAGUGGAGAAACAGCGUGAGAAGCUACGGAAGAGAGAGCUGGAGCAGCAGCAGAAAGAGGCGCGCAAAGAAAGCGCGGCAGAGUGAAGUGAAUUGUUAGAUCACCUCCUGCUUUACUGUAGCACCACACCAAGUAGCAUCUUGAGGAACAGAACGUCAGUGGGCCCCACAAAUGAACCCUGAGGGACGCCUACUCAGUAGUUCAAUAGUUCUCAGCGGUGGAGCUACACACCCAACUGUCGGAGAUUGUUGAGUGAGUUUUUCACCAAGCAAAUUAAACCAAAAUGAGCAGUUGGAUAACAGGAUGCUGCCCCAUUUAUUUGCCUCAUUUUACACCCAUUGUGUUUUUAGAUUUUACUCCGUUUUAUUUAUUUUGCUGUUUAUUGCUGUAAAUUUGGGUUAUUUAUUCACAACUAGAAUAAGUCUGUGAAAAGUUCACCUCAUCCUCAUCCCAUGUCAUAUUCAGAGCCAUCUGUUACCCAUCACACAAUAUUUAGACAUGGCGACUAUGUAUGUGUACAGUGAUAAAUACAGAUUCAAAUAUGUCUGAUGUGCCAUUUUGAUAGACUUAUGUAUAUCAUGUCCAGAUACAUAGAUCUGUGGAAUCGCUCUAUUGCUUUGAAGAAGCACGUACAGGUCAGGCCUGUGUGGUGGACUAUAUGAGGCAGUACUCAUGUCCCACCACUGGGUGUCCCCAUGCUGCUUACUUUCACUACUGAAGAAGUAAACACUGGAACUGAAGUGGGAACUAAAUUCCAUUGGGAGAAACAAACUCUCUCAGUACUUGCAAGAACGCUGGAAGUGCAAACACUGUAAAUUUAACCUCUGUACUGGCUUGUCCAAUGCUCCUUACAGUAUACAUGUACCAUACUAAAGAAGUUCACAAAGUAUGAAUGAAGACAAGGAUAUACUGUACUCACUGGACUGGUUCUAAUGAAGACUUCAGGUACAAUGUAAUCAUGGAAUUUGUAACUUACCAAACCCGUACAACAAAAAAAAAAGUUAAAAUGACACUUCCUGCUUAUAUGCAUAAUGUUGCUUUGACUCUGCUUGUAACCUGCUUUUGAACUCUUUUUUUAUAUUCUCUCUCAAUAACAAAGUAAUACCCCGCCGCUGCCUUUAGAAAUUCUAGAGUAGUAGAAUUUUUCUGAACUCUGCCCGCUUCUGUGUGAGUGUCAAAACACAUACAGUAGACUAAACAUUUCUAAGUGUUUUUUUCUUUCAUAACAAUUACAGGCCAAAGUUCACCAUGCAAAUUACUUUGGAAUAUUCUGAAUAAUAUUUAGGAAUCCUGCCAUAUAGAUGGGGCAUCUCUGUGAUCAAGGACAGAUGCAGUGAGUCAAGAAAUUGUCAUACCUGAUACUACUGAUGUUACACUGGAAAUUGCACCUGAUAGAUGCAAUAUAGUUUUAAUUUUCUUAUGAAACUGCUUCAGUAAGACAGAAAAAACAUUUUGAUUUACUUGUUAGAUAAAAAAAAAACAUUCUUUUUGAAAUUAUUUUGACAUACGUAUUUUAUGCAAUUCUUGUUUUAGGAUUAUGAUGCUCGUUGAGAGACAUGUUCCCUGUGUUACUUCUUUAUCAUUCCCAAGAAUCAUUCCGUAGGUUUACAUUAAAUAUAGAGACACCAGUGUCACCGUGAUAGAGAUGAAGGCAGCUUUGGUUAUGAUUCCCUUUUGUCUUAAGGGCCCUGCCUGGUGCACUGUUAACAGUUUAAGAACAAGAAGAAAAGUAGAUAAAGUAAAGUAAGUAGAUAAAAGAGUUACUGAUACCUCCAUGCAAUGCCACAGUAAUACAGGUAUCACUGAUCUGUUAAUGUUAUUAUUUAUUUAUUUCUGUAUUUAAUGAAGCAACUGACUACUGUUUCUGAUAACUUAUACAAAAGAAGAGUAUUAUUAACACCUAAUAAUGAUUUAUCCAGAAUUGUAUGAUUACUUCCUUUUGCCAAAACAUGAUUAAAACUGUUCAUUACAAGUGAUUUAGAUUAAAAUGGUUGUUAUCAAAUGAAGGAUUUAAAGCAUGGAAAUGCAAAGCGAGAAGAAAACACAGUAAUACUCUCCCAUCGUGCUUGUGGUUUUCCUCUAAUACAACCAUAGUGCUGCUCCAGUGCUACUCCAAUAAAUCAUGUGUUCUUAAGAAAUAUUUUGUAACACCUGAACCUUUCUGUGAAUACCCCCCCACCUGUGUCAAGUCAGUCAACCGACUGCACUCUUUUGACUCUUUUGUAUGUACUGAGAGCAAUACGCUGUAAGAAUCCUAAAGAAGCCUUGUUUUCUAUUGUGUCAGUGUGUGUGCGCAGUUUGUCUGAGGGCUGAGGAGGCUAAAAGGUCAGAACUGAGGCCAAAAUGUGAUUCCAGAUCUUUUCUAUGUGCUUGACUGAGCCUGCUUGGCAUGAUGAAACCAACGUAUGGAUGAGACACUGGUGCUCCUGGCAGGCGAAAACACAAACGUUUGAGUCAUGUCUGGAAGGGUCUGUCUUUCGUGUACGUUAGGAGCAAAAGAUAAUUACCACAAACUGCUAGCCCUGCUUUCACUCUUUUAAAAAAGCUGUGCUUAUUCUUCUCCUCCUUUUUUGUCAUUACCUUGCUGUCUUUUUCGCAUUCUGAAAAGUUUGAAAGGGCAGCUACCUGUCACACUGAAUAAAAUGUGCAGUCACUGUC